AAAUGAAUCAUACAACCUAAGUUGAAUGAAACCGGAAACGGAUACGCGGAAAUGAAACAUUUCGAAACGUGGAGUCGUGAUUAUUACAAAAUUUAGAAAUAUAAAUGUUUUGGAAACGUCUAUUAUGUAACUAAUUAACAUGUGAAUUAUUUAUUUUUUGUUUGGUCUGUAUAAGAAAAAAGUCAACAAAUAGCCAUUAUGUGUUAAGUAUACAAAAAUUAAAAUAAUAAUAAUAAACAUUGAAGUCAUAUAAAAAAUUCAACAUAAAACAUAAUAUUUUAAUAUUAAAAAGCAGCUUAACUAAAAAUAAGAUUCAUAACGACAAAUCAAAGAUUAAUAACAUCAAUCUCAUUUUUAUUAGAUAUAACAAUUAUAACCGUUUCUAACUUAUGUUUAUCUAGCGAAAGAUCCUCAAACUCAAGUUUCCCAAGAUUAAUCUCAUCUAAUGAAUCUAAUUGAUUGUCUUCGACAAUUCAUAUAUGAUUGAGACCAUCUUUGUAUGCAAAACUUUGUCAAAUAAAAGACGAAUAAUAGUGCACAAAUAUCAAAUUUUUCUUCGCGUUUUCAAAAAAAAAAACUUAUGAAUUUCCAAUUUAGUUUGAGGAGUUUCUGAUUCUAAAACGCGAAACGAACCUUCAAAUGAUUUUCUAUGCAACCUAGCAGACAACGGUGUAUCUUAGAUCUUUUCCACUUAUAUAACUAAAAUCCAACACUAAUAAAUAUAAAUUUCAGACAAUGUUUUUUGGGGGUUUUCUAUCAAGGAAAAGCAAACAAUUGUAUAUUUUUGUUAAAUGAAGAGUACUAGGAUUGUAGUGGUCUAGUGGUUUCCACUAGAGGAGGAGUUGCCCUGUUGGUCCAGGCCAGGGAUCGACUCCCCUCUAGUGCGAAAUUAUUAGCUCCACAUGUGGCCACGCGGAUAUGGGUCCAUGCUUACGGUCCAUUUGAAUACCCGGGAGAGGAUCCAUCCGUGGGUUGCACCUCCCACCCGGGGUUAGGUCUGUGUCUUUAAUAGAUCCGGGUUUAACCCUUUAUUUUUCAAAAAAAAACAAUUGUAUAUUUUUGUUAAAUGAAGAGUACUAGGAUUGUAGUAUUAAACUUGAAACGAUACAAAUAGAACACAUCCACCAAAAAAAUCCGAGCACAAAGUCUAUACCAACACUUUGACCAAAUGUUUGGUUGACACGUAUACUUGUCUGCUACAUCAGCAACAUCUUUAACAACACUGUCUCAUCAUUCCACCAUCUUCAUUUUUUAUUUAUUCAAAAAACAAAAUUAAGAAGACCAUAUCAAUAUCAAUUCUUCUUCUUCUUUGAACAUUAUAUUAAAUUAUAUUAAAAAUCCUCCUCUACAUAUAUACACACACGUUCAAAUCAUUAAUCACAUCUUUAACAUAAAAAUCAUAGAGAAAGAGAGUAGUAAGAAAAAAAUGGGAAGAAGAAGAAGCUCACCGUCUUCAUCGAUAGAAAGUAGCUGCAAAAGCAACCCAUUUGGUGUCUCUUCGAGUAAUACUCGGAACCUAAGCACGGACCUGAGGCUCGGACUUAGCUUCGGAUCAUCGUCCGGACAGUAUUACAACGGUGGAGAAAAUCAUGAUGAAUAUGGAGUCGUUGCGGCUGAUCAUGAAAUGAUCAUUGAAGAAGAAGAUCAAAACGAGUGUAAUAGUCUCGGAAACUUCUACGUGAAGGUGAACAUGGAAGGUGUUCCUAUUGGAAGAAAAAUCGAUCUAUUUUCUCUUAAUGGAUACCAUGAUUUGAUCACAACUCUCGAUUACAUGUUCAACGCCUCAAUCCUAUGGGCUGAAGAAGAAGAGAUGUGUAGCGAGAAGAGUCAUGUGCUAACGUACGCAGACAAGGAAGGUGACUGGAUAAUGGUUGGAGAUGUUCCUUGGGAGAUGUUUUUGUCUAGCGUGAGAAGACUAAAAAUCUCAAGAGCGUAUCACUACUGAUAUAAAAAGUAAAGCAAAUAUGGAAUCUAGGAUUUGACCAAUACAGUGUGGGAAGAAAGUUUUGUCAUGAUGUAAAUCACUUGUUUCUCGGAGAUUUAUUCAAAAUUUUGUUUUUAGUUUGUUACUUAGUGUUAGUAUUAUUCGGUUGUAACUUGUAAGGAUGAAAAAAAAAUCAGAUCCUUUUCAUUUUUCAAGAA